UCGGUUGAUGAACUCAAUCUAUCCCGCUUCGUUAUGCAAUGCUCUACUGCCAGAGAAAUUUUGCGCGAUGGCGGAAACUUCAUGAUGAUCGAUUUAUUGUCACCUAUACAAGAGUUGAAGGAGUACUUCGAUGUAUAUUUAUACAUGACAACUAGCAGUGUUCAACACCACAAUCAACUUCUCAAGGCAAAAGACGCCUUAGUAUCAACCUUCGAUCUAAGGGAUAUCUGGUUCACACCCUUGCUGCAUAUUUAGAUCGUUUCUCCGUGAAGAACGCACACAAGGGAACUUAGCAGUUUUAGAUACAAGAUGACCGAGCCGUUUGAUGAAAAAGACCUGGAAAUCCUAGAGCAGAUCAAGAAUACUUCAGGGUUAAUAUGGACAUAGAGGAAGGAGAGUCUUCUAGCAGUGGUCCAUUAUCAACCCUAAACAGCCUGUUUUCAUUCACAAGUCCUGCAGUCAAGAAACUCCUUGGCUGGAAACAGGGAGAUGAAGAGGAAAAAUGGGCUGAAAAGGCAGUUGAUAGUUUAGUGAAAAAACUAAAAAAAAAAAAAGGUGCAAUUGAGGAAUUAGAACGUGCCUUAUCAUGUCCUGGAACACCAAGUAAAUGUGUCACAAUUCCCAGAAGUUUGGAUGGAAGACUCCAAGUUUCCCAUCGUAAAGGAUUACCCCACGUUAUUUAUUGUAAAGUGUGGAGAUGGCCCGAUCUGCAAAGUCACCAUGAGUUAAAGCCAUUGGAACAUUGUCAAUAUCCAUUCUCUGCCAAACACAAGGAAGUCUGCAUCAAUCCUUAUCAUUAUAAGAGAGUGGAAAGCCCAGUUUUACCGCCUGUUUUGGUUCCAAGACACAAUGACUUUGUACCCGGUCAUUCAUUACUUCCAUUCCAACAACUUGUUGAGCCGAAUAUGCCCCAAAACGUGAGCUAUUCUCAAAAUGGUUUCAAUUCCAAUCAAAUGAGCCCUAGUUCGCCGUUGUCUAAUGUGUCAUCACCCGGAAGUGUUUCAUCUAAUCCCCAAUCACCAUAUGCCAAUCUUGCAGAAACCCCUCCUCCUGCUUAUAGUCCUACAGAUGAAAAUAAUGUAAAUCCAAACAACAAUCAGAAUCCUGAACAAAGUUUAGCCAAUGAUGUCCAACCAGUGGCUUAUCAAGAACAACCAUUCUGGGCCUCCAUAGCUUACUACGAGUUGAAUAGUCGGGUAGGUGAGGUAUUCCAUUGUCAUUCCACCUCAGUUAUAGUGGAUGGAUUCACAAACCCUAGCAACAAUUCCGACAGAUUCUGUCUUGGCCAGUUGAGCAACGUUAAUCGUAACUCUACUAUUGAGAACACUAGGCGACAUAUAGGCAAAGGGGUGCAUCUGUACUAUGUGAAUGGUGAAGUUUAUGCGGAGUGUCUUUCUGAUUCUCCGAUAUUUGUGCAAUCAAGAAAUUGCAACCAUCACCACAAUUUCCAUCCAUCUACUGUCUGCAAAAUACCGGCUUGGUCGUAACGUAACAUCGGUUGAUGAACUCAAUCUAUCCCGCUUCGUUAUGCAAUGCUCUACUGCCAGAGAAAUUUUGCGCGAUGGCGGAAACUUCAUGAUGAUCGAUUUAUUGUCACCUAUACAAGAGUUGAAGGAGUACUUCGAUGUAUAUUUAUACAUGACAACUAGCAGUGUUCAACACCACAAUCAACUUCUCAAGGCAAAAGACGCCUUAGUAUCAACCUUCGAUCUAAGGGAUAUCUGGUUCACACCCUUGCUGCAUAUUUAGAUCGUUUCUCCGUGAAGAACGCACACAAGGGAACUUAGCAGUUUUAGAUACAAGAUGACCGAGCCGUUUGAUGAAAAAGACCUGGAAAUCCUAGAGCAGAUCAAGAAUACUUCAGG